CACCGCAGCCUCUUCCGACGCUCGCCAACUCGGCCGUGUUCUUGGGAAUCGUUUUAAAUUCAACAGCCGCAGAGCAGUUUGCGAGCGACAAUCCGCCUUAUUGAGGAGGCUUACGGGCGAUAUUGACGUCCUCUGGAUGCCAUAAGUCAUUUCGAGAACGAUCGCGGUCGCACCGGCUCCGCGAAUGUCGACUCUUUUUCCUAUUUGUAGGGUUGAGUAUCGUGUGAAGGGUUCCUUAUUAGCGAGCUGCUCGGGUGUGAGUGCGGAGGUGAGAAAUACAUUAGCGGUGCCGUCCCCCAUUGGUCGCCCCUGGUGUGUUCACAGCACUCAGUCCACGUGGACUCGCCGGGUCUCUCGUCUCGUUUUUUUCAGCGGCCGGCUCGCUAUCCAUCCCAUUCUAAUCUACAACGAAACGUGGAAUGUCAUGUCCGGAGUCGUUCAGAAAGUCGUGAGCGUGCAUCGUGCUUCCAACUUGAAAUAUGCCAUUAAAGGACACAAGUGUCGUCGAGCGAUAUGCGAUAUUGUAUUCAGUGACUUCGUGUUAAGGUCUACAUUAAAAGCUGUCGUUCGUUUUGUUAUGAUCGUACGAGCGUCGUGUAUUGAUAAGCAUUUUUAAGUCAAUUAAGGUUGUAAGCUAAAGGCGGUUGUUGCUACAUUUAAAUUAUCGUCCGGCAUUCAAAUAACGCCAUUUUUUUCGUGUCGGCACGAUUUUAUUUAUAGUUAUGUGUUAUGGUGAAGAUAAUAAGUCGGCGUGGGCGAUAUCAUACAUCCCAUGUCGAAUUCAACUACAGAACAUUACUUAUUCAUUCACUUAGUAACGGGUAUCGCUGUAACCGGCAGUUUUCAUAGAUUUUAAUCAAUUUAAAUGCCUUAUAUUUUUUAUUAUUUAAAUUCUGAUAUCGUAACUAAAACAAUAAUUACAUUUCGUUUAUAAAUCUAACAAUAUAUUGUACGACAAAAACAGAGACGUAUACGUGAAUUUCUAUGGGAAACGAAAACAUUGUUACCGUAAGAAGCCCAUUAAAAUCACUUGAAUUUAUAGAAAAUGAUAUUUGGAUAUUUGAGUUACAUUCCAUAAAAUACAUUUUUUUCGAUUCAUUUUUGUUUCAAUACUGUCACAUGAGUUACCUGUUGUUAUAUAUUACAUAUAAGAUGGUUAACACAAUAUCGCAGGUGCCACCUGUGAUCAUUUGAGAGAUGUUAAAUUUAUUAUUGAUACUGAAUUCUUCCGGACUGCUACUGACAUCUGGUGGAGAGUUCUGUCAAGACUCAUUCGUAUAAGCAAGCAGUAGAUGGCACUGAAGACUAAUAAGUAAGACAAGAGUAGAUAAAAAUGAAAAUACAUUAAAUAGACUUUAAGUUGAAAGUGCAACCGUCAUAAAAAGAUACAAGGGGUAAUAGUUAGUGCUAGACAAGAAAAAUUUACGUUUAUAUCAGAUUGUUUUCGAUCGUUGAAUUCAAAUGAGUCCAAAAGUGAUACUACUGUUUAGUGGUAAAAGAAAGUGCGGCAAGGAUUUUGUGACAGACCAUUUAAAAGAAAAACUUGAUGGAUUAUGUGAAGUUAUCAAAAUAUCCCAACCUAUUAAGAGUCAUUGGGCCAAGGAAAAAAAUUUAAGUCUGAAAGACUUAUUGAGUGAUGGUGAAUACAAAGAGUUGUUUAGAUUAGAAUUGAUCAAAUGGAGUGAGGAGAUGAGAGAUAAGGAUUAUGGAUAUUUUUGUAGAGCUGCCUGUCAAAAUGCCGCUGAUAAACCAGUUUGGAUUGUUAGUGACAUAAGACGGAAAACAGACAUCAAAUGGUUUAAAGAAUCAUAUGGAGAGUGCAGCUCUCUGAAGACGAUUAGAUUGACGGCGGAUUUAGAGACAAGGAAACAAAGGGGUUAUAAAUUUGCAUCUGGUAUUGAUGAUGCAGCAUCGGAAUGUGAUUUAGACGACUUUAAUGAAUGGGACCUUGUUAUAAACAAUGGGAAGGAAAGAGAUACAUUAGAAAAACAGUUGAAUAGUAUUAUGACAUUGUUGCCAACCUUAUAACAUGAAGACAUAGAUUAUAUUAGGUGUUGGUUGUUAACUUUUAUAUACUAUGGGAUGAAGAAUUUUAUAAAUUAUUUUUUAUCUAUGUUAAUUUUAUAGGUUUUCUUAAUUUAUAGUUAUAAUGAUAUGCAGAUAACUUUACUGUUCCACCCCCUAUUGACGUGGUCCCGAACCCAUCUUCACAAAAAAGACAAAAUGUAGUUGAAUCCAAAUCUACAUAUUUGCAGAAAAAAAAUACCAUUGCCCAAACUGUCGGCUCGAUUCAGUCAAUGUAUUCUGUAACUGAACAUGAAAUUCCAGUCUACUGUUCCACGCCUAAUGACAUGGUCUGGAACCCAUCUUCACAGAAAAGACAAAAUGUAACCGAUUCCAAAUCUACAUAUUUGCAGAAAAAAAAAUAUCAUUGCCCAAACAGUCGGCCUGAUUCAGUCGAUGUAUUCUGUACCUGAAUAUGAAGUUUCAAAAAAACGUUAUUUAGAUCAGGACGCAGCUCCCUUUUUGGUUCAUGUUAGUAAUGAUUGUGAGCCCUCUUGCAGUAUUCCCUUUGUCUCAUAAAGAUUGGUCUUUUCCUACAUCAAAACCAUAUCAAGGAUAUAGUGAAUGAUGGUGUUAAGCGCAUUCGCUGUAAUCAAGUGGCUGUAGAAUUUAAAUCGGCUUAUGCGGCUUAUACCUUUCUAGAUCACUCAGUUCUUGCUGCAUCCAAAUUAAGGAAUGCAAUCCCGAGAUCCCGGGAUUAAAUUUGUCGAAUCCUGGAAUUUUCGGGAUUACCGAAAAUGCUAAAAGUUGGUAACUGUCAUUUUUUUUUUGAAAUUACUCAUCGUAACUGUCUUUGCAAACGCAAUGUUACAGUCAAUGUCACACAGGACACAACACAAUGUCGGCCAUCUUGAAUUGAUAGCUGAUUAUUAUUCCUACUAAUUGUUUCCUGAGAAGAAUUUUAUGUUUAAUUUGUUAGUUUUAAAGAUGAUUUCAAGUUGAAGUUGUUUUAGUUAAAAAGUUAACGUGUCAGAAGUUUUUUUUUGUUUUGGCUUUGUUCACAUUGACACGGAAGUUGAUGAAAGACUGCCGAGUUUAAAUAAAAAUGAUAAACGAUGAUUUUUUUGUCGUUUUAAAUACAAAUUUUCAUUCCCAGGGCUAUCCCGAAAUCCCGGGAUUGAAAAUAGGAGCCGGGAUUGCAUUACCUAAUCCAAAUAUAUUGCUAUUAUCCCUUCUAUAAUGUUAACCGUAUUGGUAUUGUAAGAAAUGCGCCAAUGGAGUGGUCACUAGAAGAAGUGGUCAUAACCUUAGCAGUUCCCGCUUUGAUGAUUCACAAUUACCGAACAAUGUCGUAUCUAAAAUUAGUCAGAUUUUUAACACUAUACAAAAUGCCAAACAUCCUUCCAUGGAAUCGUCACAGCAUUCGUCAUAAAAAAUGAUAUUAUUUCACUUAUUAAUAAUUAUAUGCCCUUUCUUUUUGCUAUUCAGGAGACAUGGCUCAAGCCUGGCUCCAGCUUUAGGAUCCCAGGUUAUUCAUGUCUUCGUGACGACAGGUCAGAUGGUUAUGCUGGUUCUGCCAUUUUGAUAUCUAAAAAGGUUAUUUUUAAUCAAAUUUCUCUUUUUCCCCAUAGUGAAGGCAUUUCUGCAGUUGUUUUCAGAGCUUUAACUAUUUCUUUCCUCUCUAUCUAUAUCCCUAACUCUAACCUUGCCCUACUCUCUGAUUUAAAAUAUCUUUUAAGUCUUUCUCCUCCUAUCCUUAUCUUCGGUGACCUUAAUAUUCAUCAUAUCUCUUGGGGAUGUUACUACUCUCUUGACUCUAUUCCUAACCCUUUUAUUGAUUUCUAUGAUGAACUAAUUUUAUGUGUCUUGAAUGAUGGUACCCCUAUUCGAAGAGUUUCCUCACUUCAGAAUCCAAAUGCUACUGUUGAUCUUUCAGUAACUUCACCCUCCUUGGCUCCUAGUUUGUUCAGGUCUGUUUUCCCCUCUAUUAAACCUAAGAGUACUCUUCCUUCUCUUCUUAAAUUUAAUUUAUUCAAAGCAGAGUGGUCACUUUACAGAUGCCUUUCUGAUCAAGAAAUCUUUAAACUUCCUUUAGGCAGUUCAGACUAUCAGACUUCUGUCAGAAUAGAAAAGAUCUGGUUGGUUUCGCUUCUGUGAGGGACUCGUUCCUGGCACUCCCCCUAUUAAGAUUUGGAAGAAUUUGAGACAUUAUUGUAAUUCAGUUUCUGGUCCUGUCACUUCACCUAACCACUCUUCAGGCUGGAUCGAUCAGUUUUCCAUCAGAUAAGCCCCUCCUUCUGUUAUUUCCUUUGAAGAACUUUCCCUCCGAUUAUCGCAUUGUAAUUCUUCUGACAAGUUGGAGCCCCCUUCGUCCUGGGAGGAGCCGUCAACCGUCCUUGAGGGACUCAAGGAUUCAUCGCCGGGAAUAGAUAGUUUCCUAUAUUCUUUUAUUUCCAAUACCUCUACCCCUACGAAACUUGUAUUUUUAUCCAUCUUUAAUUACACAUUUUUAGCCGGAACUCCUCCCGAGGAGUGGAGAACUCAUUUCAUUAUUCCCAUCUUGAAACAUGGAAACUCCAACUCAGACCCCUCUAGCUACCGUUCAAUAGCUCUGUCUUGUAGUAUGGCUAAGAUAGUAGAGCAUUUGAUUAAAAAUCGAUUAGAACAGUUUGUUGAGAGCAAAAAUUUGUUAACCAAAUCUCAGUUUGGUUUCCGCAAAGGAUAUGGCACCAUCGAUAGCUUGAGCAUAAUUCUGACAGACAUCCGCAUUGCUCUUUCACAAAAUGAAUGUAUGGUUGGCGUUUUCUUACAUAUUUCUUCAGCUUAUGAUAAUGUUCUUCACCCGAUACUCAGGCACGAGAUGCUCCAGCUGAGUAUUCCUGCGAGAAUGUUAAACAUUAUCCUCGGUCGUCGUUCUUCUAGAUUCGUUCUCCAAAUUAUAAUUCUUCUUCUAGAUAAGUAUGGAAAGGGCUUCCCCAAGGCUAAGUCCUUAGCCUGUUACUCUUUAGUAUCUACGCAUUCGAUUUAGAACUCUCAGUCAAUGAUUUUGGUGAAGUGCUCCAAUAUGCUGAUGACUUGGCUCUUUAUGUCUCUGCAAAUUUAUGAGGCCGCUUUUCGUCUCAGCUCAGCCAUUAUCUACCUUCAGGAUUAUCUCCAUAAUCAUGGGUUAUUUUUAUCUAUUCCUAAAUGCAAAAUGGCCGUUUUUCUCGUUGCAGAUCUAUUCUAGAUAUCUCUAUUGCUUAAAGUCAUCGAAAAAUUAAUUGUUAAGGUGAAAGUUAAGUUUCUUGGGUUUACCUUGGAUUCCAGGUUAACUGGUAUUCAUCAUGUAAAAAAUGUGAAAAUAAUAUUAACAUUUUGCGUUCGUUGUCUGGUGUUUGGUGGGGCAGCCAUCCCUAUACUCAAGAACUUUUAUACAAUUCUCUAAUACGCAGUCACUUUGAUUAUGGAAUCUUCUUCAAGUCGUUACGUUUCAACUCGUCUGCCCGGGAUCACGGUUGCUGAAAAGUGAUCGAAACGUAGGGAGUAUGUAGUUUUUUACAAAAAUAUCACGCGUAGUUUAUACGAAAAAUAUUAGUUUCAUUUAUUGUUUUUAUUUUAUAUGACAACUUUUUACUAUUGAAAUCCAUAUAGGCAAUUUACUAUGAUUUUAUAAUUUUCACAAGUUUCUAUGACCCAUGACUGCACUUUUAUACAAUGUUGGGAUGAGGUACAAUAAGAUGGUGUAGGUGUUUUUGUGGUCACGAAACAAUUGAAGCGAUCCCCAUAUGUAUUUUGCUCUAAUUUUCUUAAAAAUACAAAAAUUGAUUAGUGCAGGUUGCAUAUUAUGACAAACAUUUGAAUGAUUUGAGAAUUAAGAUAUUAUUGCUGUCGUGGACGAAAUAGAACACUAUAGACUUAAAAAACUAUAUAUAUUUAUAAAAUAUUGAGUGUCAAAAAAAGAGAUGCCACAAUUAUUAUGCCACAAAUAUAUGCCACAAUUAACAGUAAAAUCCAUCAUGGUCUUAAAGGGUAAUUGAAACUUAAUGGUGCUAAUUUGGCAGGUGGUUUUUGUUAUACAUUCCAGAUUUUUUCCAUUACUCUGUUUGUAUCCUCAUUACUUUUUUAUAGAAUACCUGUACCUUAUUUCAUAUGAACCUACAGACCUUAAUUAAUAUUUCACACCAGUAUUAUUUUCUUAUUCUUUAUGAAAAUAAAACUUUUUUUGGUUAUUGA